AUGCGCCUCCUGCCACUAGAUCCCAACGCCGAUACGGUGCGUAUCACACAGCAGAUCGCCCUGCUUUUCACGCUCAUCAUUUCCUCUUUCUGUCUUUUGCCUUAUCCUCACCCGCCUGUGACGACUUUUAUCGGGCCUGAACUCUCAGAUUCUGCCACGUGGACAGUUGAGCUGGAAACUGGCAGUAGUGGCAGCAAUGAGCAAUUCUGGUGGGGGAUGAUAAGACGGCCUUGUUAA